AUGAAUGAACGUGAAUACAUAGUCUAUUUGGCGGAGGUAGAAAUCGUUGUCAUUAACCAUAAGAUACAAACAAGCGUGACGUCAGUUGAAUGGCAUCACUUUGAAGGGAGUUCUUAUACCGUAAGCAAAGUGACCUACUCUUGGAACAAUAGUCUACAAUAUUGCGAAUCCAUUGGAGCAUCAUUGACAAGGAUAUCAUCUUUAGAGGAAAACCAGUUCGUUCACUCUUUAUUUCCUAAAGGCCGUGAACAUAUGUGGAUUGGCUUAAACAGACAGAAAACGGAGGGAGUAUGGGAAUGGACAAUGAAACCAUGUAACUUCGACUUCAGAUAUUGGGAUGACGAUACGUCGACUUAUUUGCCUAAAUAUAAAAAGUGUGCGAGGAUGGUCAUUACGGGCAAGUGGAUGGGAUCGGUUUGUAAUAGUUGGAAUCUUGUUGCCGUUUGUGAAAAAGAAAGCAUUGAAUUGCACAUGAGGGCGGUGAAGAAUACAAUGGGACAGCUAGUUUGCAUGAAUCCUGAUGCAUUGGCCGAAUUGACCAUUACUAGCAAACAGACAAGAAGUUUGAUAGAAUGCCUUCAAUAUUGCGUUGCGGUUGGUCGUUGUAACGCGUUCCAGGUACAGCAGACAUCGGAUGGAAUGAUGUGUCAUGUUCUUGAAUAUGGAGGAGAUAUCACUGAAUGCCUUGAAUCACGGGGUUGUAAUCUCUAUGUGAUGGUGUAAGUUACGAACCUACGCUUAUGUUUGGCUAGCCUGGGUUCCAGGCCCUAAUCUGGGUAACUUACACUUUAUUGCGCUUAGUGCGCGCCAUACCUAAUUUAUUUGGCGUCCAUACUCGAUUUUUUUUUUUUUCAGAUUUAAGCUUAUUCUGUCCUAAAAUUAACUUGCUCGUUAGUAGCGCUGUCUUGGGACAAUACUACUACCACAAGAUAGGGGCGCACUAUUAGAAUUCGAAUAGAGUUCGCUCGAAACUCGUCUUGUUAUAAGGACACGCCACUUCGUGGGAGUACUUUUUGAAAUAGGAUUACGUUCCGACGGAACCACGAAAGUCGGACCUCUAGCAGUUCUAUACUCUUUGGUGUUAUUAAAACUGAGUAAAUAUGUUAAGAAAAAAUACUAAUUUUUAUUGACAUUUAACCAAGAAUUUUGAAAUGAAUAAAUAAGAUUAGUAUAGUUAACUAUAUUUGAUUCUGAACUGUAUGAUUAUGCUUUGAAUAUUAAGUGGUAUUUUUUUGUAGAUUUUAUAAUUUAAGUUUUAAAAUUGUAAUAUAAUGGUACCAUAAUAUUAAGAAUGAUGAUGAUGAUUAUGAUGGUGUUGAUGAUGCAUGUUUAAAAAAAUAAUAAUUUGCUUCGUCGCCCAUAGAGGAUGAUAAUGACAUGACUCUAGCCACCCCACGUAUAGGGUUAUCUUUGUGUUACAAGGUUAAAGAUUGUUAUAUCAUUCUUUGAAAACGUGGUUUCGUAUUAGAGGGGUCUCGAAUGGAGGGUGCAAUGUACUUUCGUUGAUGU